UUUCGAGCCUUGGUUUGGUUGGCACACGUAGACCGAAGGGUUGGUGAAAGCUCACAAAAGACCAAAACAGGCUAGACUGGUGCUACCGACGGAUUUCACGGUCCCGAUGCUGCUGCUGAUGCCGAUGCUCCUGGUGCUGGUGCGGUGAACGGUUAGCGGUUCGGGUACAGUGCAGUACAGUGCCUUGAGGCUAUGCUAUGCACGCUCGUGGCGGUUCGCAAUGGCAAAGUCGCAGAAAAGCUUCGCUCGGUCCGCUACGGCGGGCCCACCCGGCGUCCGGUGCCACCUGGAACGUGCAGGUGGUUCGGGGCAAGAUGACUUCCCGCUGCCUGUGGCACGCCUGCCGUGCCCUCGUCCUCGGUAUGGUGCUCAUGUUUGUCGGUGGAGGCAUGGCCACUGUCGGAUAUUAUGCCAACAACUUUCCCUCACUGUCGGACCUCCGGAGCAACAGUAGUACGUCGACGAUUCGCGUGAAAAAUGAACAUCGGGGACUGCAUCUCAACAAUCUGUCCUACGUAGGUCCAAUCAUCAUGGGAGUCGGUGGUUUCAUCGUAGUAGCCUCAUGUGUGAUGACGUUUGAGGCGCGCGAUUCCGCUGCCAAGGUAGUGCCGGCCCGGUUUAAACUAAGCAGCCAGUCGAACCGGAACCCAAGCCGACAGAACACUUCUCGACGCUCUACAGGAGUCGGGAAUGGAGCCGCACCGGGGCUGAUCACGGCAGCGCAGACCGCCCGCUGGGAGCAACAUCUGGGGGUGUUCCGGACGUCGCCGGCAACGGAGCAGGUCCCGGACCGCAAGGCACUCACCGCCGCUCUAGUGCACUUCUCGAAAGCCUUAGGGACACCGAAAUCGUCACCCCAGCAGCGCCGACCGAGCGAAGGUGCGAACCGCCGGGUGUCGCGUAGCGGUUCCGUACCCAAUUUGUACGGCGAAAAGCUAAGCGUUCCGUCGCUCGCGACCGGUUCACCGGCAAACAAUAUCCGCUCGGAGCUGCUCGGUGGUUCCGGCCAUCGGCAGCAUCACCAUCAGCACCAUCAGCAGCACCAGCAUCAUCGUGGUACGCGAGUAAGCAGCAUGGUACAGCGGUCGACGCGUGGCGAGGUCGCUGGUAGCGGUGGUCUGCUGCAUCCCGGUAUGCUACAGUUCCACCGGCAUGCCCUCUCGGUCGAUGAGCCAGAUCCUUUCGUACGGACACUGCAUCAGACCGGUUCGCACGGUUCGGUGCAGUACGGUUGCAGCGGUGGUGGAGAGAUCGUGCCAGUGCAUAAACUAAGGGAGCAGCGCACCAAACGAUCCGAUACGGCACGCCGGCACGUCCUUUCGCGUCAGACCAAAAUCGAGAAGGACGAGCUGGUGCUCGGUGGUAGCCCGAAGCAGACGCACCAUCACCUCCACCACCAGCAGCAACAGCAGCAGCAGCAACCUCCUGGGGCCAUCAGCCGACGUGCCUCGACCGUGUCGAACGCAUCGGUUGGCUCGAAGCAGCUCAACCGCAGCAGCCGCCGUGCCUCAACCAUCUCGAAGACGCCAAGUGUCGACUCCCGGGGUGCACCGUCGACGCUCGAGAUCAACAGCCCGGAGCGGUCGGUCGGUUUAACGCCACGAAAGGCGCAAACGGCCGGUGGUGGUAGUGGUGCACUCAUCUCUACCCCAUCCGUCGACCGGGAAUGUCGGAGUCAGCUUUCCAUCUGCUCGGAACCGGCCCAGGUCAGUCAGCGCAAUCUCUCCUGUCAAUCGAGCUUAGAGCCUUGCGUACCCGAAGAGGAUAGCCCCGAUCACGACGAAACGGAACCACUCUCCGUCGUCAACCAGCCGCUACGACCGGAUUCACUCGUUCUGGCAACCGGUGACACCACCACCACCACCACCACCACCACCGCAGAUCAUACACCAGCGCAGCCCCAGAACCGCUUUCUGUAUCGCAGUAACUCGACCAAAAGUUUCCGCAAACCGAAACCGAAGAUAGCGGCCAAGAAGCGCAGCAACGAGUACGAUCAGAUCUACGUCAUCGGGGCGGGUACGAGCGUCACCGGUAAUAACCGGUUUCCCAACUUCUAUCACCAUCGUGACGAUGACCAUUACGAUUCGAUCGAGGUCAUACACGAGCGGCGCAAUAAGAACUUUAGCAAAUUCUCGGACACCCCGACGGUAGGAGCGACGGCGGAGACGGAGACGGAGACGACGCUGGGGGCAGUGACCUCAGCGGAACCGGUUGGAACCGGUGUAACGACGGAAUCGCCCACCGUGAUUACCGAUUCGUCCGGUGAGUACCGGAAGGUGGGCGCAAAUACGAUUAGUGUCGUGGCCGACAUAUCACCGGUACCGGUUUCACCGCGCAUGGUGAGCUCAAUGGAGGCGCAUGGUCUUUUGAUGUUUGGACAGAAUGUUUUCGAUGGAAUUGUGUUGUUAGGCACACCGCCACGUAAACUGCAGCAACAACAACAACAACAACAACAGCAGCUGCAAAUUGUGAUGGAUCACUGCAUAUUUUCCUCACUUUACGAGCUUGCUCGCAUUUAA